AUGGAUGGCGGUCGUCAAGUGGUUUUUCAAACUGUAACGUGGUUCCAAAUCUUUGUCUCCUCUGACAUACUUCCGAAAUUGCAGACAAUCAAUAAAAACCUGAAAGGCCGGCAACAAGAUCAAACAAGCACUACCGCCGCCACCACUACCUUCUCCACCUUCACGUCACCAGCACCUUUUCUUCACAAUAACCGCGAUCUAUCGUAUUUCACCUCCAAUCAUCUUCAAACAGACUUGAAAACCUUAAAUAAUCUAGAACCGAGCACGGGAAACUCAAGCAUGAGUAUAUUUCAAUCAAGUACUUACUAUUCGCAAGAAGGAGAAGACCGGAUACGAGGACAAAACUCUGGUAAAGCAUUUCCACCUCUGCAAUCUCCCAAUGCCUCUGUUAUUCAAAUUGGUUACUUAUCGUCUACAUCACCUUACGUUGUUGCUGCCAAUCCAGAGGAAACAGUUGGUAGCAACACUAUUAACCGUCGUGACAAUGCCAGCACAUAUUCUCGUAGGCUUGGUGAGGUCACGGAGACUACUGUCAGCGAAACUUCUAAUUUCUCGCAACAUAGUUUCUUUCACCCACCUAACUUAUUCUCAUUUAGUCAACCAUACCGAGAGUAUUCUACAUUUACCAGCGCUAAUUCCACUAUCAAUAGCAAAGAUUCGAUUGAUCCAAUUGCUCGGCCUGUCAGAUUUCAAGACAAACGAAAAAACAAUGAUGAUUGGCGAAAUGCCACGAUAGAACGCGCAAACAGAAGAUCGGCACAUAUUCAAAAUCAACCAUUGUCUUUUCAACCUCCUCCACCUCCCCCACCUCCGAUUACCACUAUCAAUAGUCAAAGUAUGCCGAAAAAGCGACCAUUAUCUCCAAUGCCAUCAGUCGAAGCAUCUCAUCAACAAAAUAAUCGUCCACGAAUGUCAAAUGCUCCUCCUCUGCCAGAGGACAAUUAUAAUAUAAAUGAACGAUUUGCUGCUCUUUCUGAAAGAAGGAUCGACUAUCGAAACACAAGCGCACAAACACGGCGGCGAAAUUCAUUAUCGGCACAAUUGGUGCCUAGUAGAAAAAGAUCGCUUACACCUAAACCCUUGAGCGUAUCACGUACUACUUCUCUACCAAGGCAUUCCAAAUCACUACCUCAUACUUCUAAACGCGCUAGCUCACCUGUAAAACAAAAAUCUGUAAAAGAACAUUAUACCAUGGACUUUAUACACUCGAAUUUUGAUACAAGAGCCGUUCUAGAGAAACCGGAAAAUGCGGAUUGGCUAAAAGAUCCAAAAAGUUAUCUCAACAAUCGCACGUAUUCUUCUUCGAGAUUUCAAAAUGUUGCUGACCAAUUCUUUCGAGCAACAGUUACGUUAGAAUUAGAAGGAACAAAAGUUAUUGGUCAUGGGGAUGCUACUAAAAAAAAGGAGGCUGAAAAAAUAGCUGUAAUACAUGUAUUGUAUCAACUUGAAGCGCAAGAUAUGUUGAAUAAAAUAACCAGUUCUAAGGAGAGGCUUGAUUCUGAUUCUAAGAAACACGUAUUUGAGUAUUGUGCAAGGUUUGAUCAUGUUCCUUACUUUAAACUCGUUUCAAAUGGUCGUUUCGAUUGGCGUGCAGAAGUGGAUCUUCCUUCUCAGGAAAUUGUUGGUCGAGGACGUGGAAGAACAAAAAAAGAGGCGGAGCUCAGGGCUUCACAAGAUUUCAAGAGACAAGCUGAAGAAUAUCAAGCACGGCAUGGAGGAGAACCUCUCUCAAAAACCGAAGGAAAAACUAUUAAUGAAGAAAGAUCUAGAGAUUUUAUUCGUUUUUACGCUAAAUAUUUUAAAUUCAAGAGUCCCGAAUGUAAAUAUAAAGCAAUUGGAUCAAAUGGUAAUACGCUGUGGGAUGUUUCAAUUAUAGUUGAAAAUUCCGUGAUAGGGAGUGCUCAGCGACCGUCUAAACGUGACGCACAAACAGCUGCCUUUCUGGAUGCUGCUAUUGGCUUGCGGACAGAAUCACCUCAAUUAUGGGAAAAAUUCGAACAAACUAAAAGUAAAGAUGGUAAAAGAACUAUACCUUUAGUUCCUUUAAAUAUGGGUGAGCAAACGCAUCGUAUUCUUCGGAAUCUUGUCCAUGAUAUACGAGAUGCACCAAUGUUUUACGAGCCUUAUUUGCUAAAUGAAAGUAAAUCGAACCAAAAGGGAUCAAUUACUACGUCUAAGGAUAAAAGAACAGCAGCAAGAGCAAAGAAGCCAAAGUGCGAAAGUCCUGAACAAACAAAAGCUCUUAACGCAAAAUCUGCACAACUUUAUGCUUCUUACCAGAAAUAUUUAACUUCGAAUGAGACUAAAAAGAUGCGUGACACUAGAUAUAAUCUUCCAAUUACGCAAUAUGCCGAGACAAUAAUAAAAACUAUGGAAGAGAAUCCUAUAAUGGUAAUUGUAGGGUCAACUGGCUGCGGUAAGACCACUCAAUUGCCGCAACUUAUUCUGGAAGAUGCAAUAAAGAAAAAAAAUGGCGCACGUUGUAACAUCGUUGUUACGCAACCUCGUAGGAUUGCUGCUAUUUCUGUUGCUCAGCGUGUUGCUGUUGAGAGAGCGGAAAAAUUAGGAGCGACGGUGGGAUAUCAAGUUCGUUUUGAAAGUGUAAUGCCGUCUUCCUCUGGAAGCAUUCUAUAUUGCACUACUGGUCUUUUCUUGCGUCGUCUUCAUGACGAACAAAGUAACAAAGACCCACUCGAGGGUGUAACGCAUAUCGUCAUAGACGAAGUACACGAGAGAGAUAUGAACACUGACUUUUUAUUAGUGAUUUUAAAACGUCUUCUUGACGAAAGACGUCGUAAUAAUUUGCCUCCAAUUAAAUUGAUUCUCAUGAGUGCAACAAUUGAUACGGGAAUAUUUGCGGAGUACUUUGGCAAUUUCUUUCCGAAUGGCAGAUGUCCAGUUAUUGAAGUUCCCGGUAAAAUUUAUCCCGUCGAAAAAUUUUAUCUGGAUGAUAUAAUAACCCAGUUACAGACAUUAUAUAAACCGUCGGAAACGCCUCAAUUCAAUACCAAAGACCUUAAAAAAUAUAUUGAUCGCGAGAUGAAUCUUGUAAUUCAACCCAAAUCCUCAGAGGUGGAAACCGAUAGUCAGAAUGAUGAAAUAGAAGAGAAUGAUGAUGCGUCUGUGGAAACAUCGUCGUCUGGGGCUAUUAUCGAUUGGAAAAAAAAAUCAAAACAACAGAAAGAUGAUGAAUUAGCUGAUGCUGAAAUCCCAUACGAGCUAAUGGGACUAGUUCUUGCACAUAUCGCCAAAACUGGUAAAGAGGGCUCCGUUUUAGUUUUCUUACCUGGAUGGGAAGAGAUAACGGCACUAAAUAAAAUUUUGACCGCUAGUAAGCCACUAGGCGUUGACUUUAAUGAUCAGAGUAAAUUCACAAUACAUAUGCUCCAUUCUUCUCUUCCAUCAAUAUCACAGAAACAAGUUUUUGAUCCAUUACCAAAUUCGAGCAUGCGAAAAAUCAUUCUAGCAACAAAUAUUGCCGAAACAUCAAUUACCAUUCCAGACAUUGUGUAUGUUAUUGAUUCGGGAAAACUUAAAGAAAAACGAUACGAUCAAUCAAAACGAAUGACUGCUCUAAUUACUACUUGGAUUAGUCAAUCAAAUGCACGUCAAAGAGCCGGUAGAGCUGGACGUAUGCGCGAGGGCGUCUAUUAUUCAAUGAUGUCUAACAAACGCUAUCAAAAUAUAGAAGGUUUUUCGACACCGGAAUUAUUGCGCUCGGAUCUGCAAGAAAUAUGUCUGCAAAUUAAGGCGCUUGAUCUUCCGACAUCGAUUGCUGAUGUGCUCGCUGAGGCAAUUGAACCCCCAGACCAUGCUAGCGUAACUGCUGCUCUUGAUAACCUAAAGACGUUACAAGCCUUGGAUAAUUCCGAGGAGUUAACCCCACUUGGAAAGGUUCUUGUUACAUUACCGGUUGAACCCGCUUUAGGAAAGAUGGUUUUAUUGGGCACAAUCUUUCAAUGUUUAGAUCCGAUUCUCACUAUUGCGGCAUCCAUGGGCUCCAAAAGCCCAUUCUUCUCUCCGCCUGGUCUAAAGCAAAAAUCAGAUGCGUGUAAAAUGUAUUGGGCACAAGGACAAUUAAGUGACCAUUUCUCGGUUUUGAACGUUUAUAAGGCUUGGUACGAGAUUCAAUCAACCGGCAAAAUAUCAGAAUCUUUCAAGUUUUGUUCUGAUAAUUUUCUCAAUCGAAAUGGAUUACAAAAUAUUGAAAGGAUCAAAAUACAACUAUUGAAUCUUUUAGAACGUAGUGGAGUUGUUCCCCGAUCAAAUCAAAACUAUUAUGGACGAAAUAGACAAAGAUCACAAUUGACAAUUGGUCCACCAGAAUAUAACAUCAACGCGAAUUGUAUUCCUUUACUUCGUGCUAUAAUAUGUGCAGGUGUCUAUCCCAACAUAUCUGUACAGAUCACAAAAAGAAAACUUGGCACCCGUGAUGAAAACACCAUAAUACAUCCUUCUUCUGUAAACAGUCCAAAAGGGGACAAAGAUAAGGGUAAGGAUAAAAAGGGCGAAUCAAAUUCCUCCGUUGCCGGUACACUAUACGCAUAUUCUGAAAAAGUCAAAUCGAGUAACUCGCAAAUAUUUCUUCGAGAUACCACCCGCGUUGAUCCAUUAUCUGUGAUUUUAUUUGGCGGUGAAAGUACCUUGGUCCGUAAUGACCGUUCUUCUCAAAUAAUAAUCGACGAAUGGCUGAAAUUCGAAGGACAUGAUCAUAUUUUGAGCCAUACAACAGCACUAAAAUCGAUGUUGGAUUGUUGUUUGACUAAUGUCUAUCAGCGAUUAGAUAGUCAAAAUUUGACAAAAAACAAAAAGAGAAAUAACUUUAAUAGUUAUGGUGAUCAAUAUAAUGAUCAAAAUGAUGCCGAAAAAGUAAAGUAUUUUCUUGUCAAUGGGAUUGCUGAUAUUUUGAUUAGUUUGAAUCAAGAUAUGGAGGCGCAGCAAAAAGAAAAACUUCGAUCAAGACAAUAA